ACAUAUGUAAAGCCUCAGUGACAUGGAUAAAAUGUGAUUAGGGAAUACCUUGACCAUCAUGACAUGCCCUUGGUCAGACAUACCCCAAAUUACUAUCUGCUGCAAUCUUAGAAAAGCAUAUAGGACUAGAUCAAGAGAUCAAUAUCUCAUGAAUCUUCAAGGGCAAGGCUGACCCAUCAACAGUCAAAUGUACUAAACAACUAGUUUAGAACGUGUGAAAUGUAAAUAUAUUCCUGAAUACUUUCAAAUGCAAAAGUGAUUGUGAAUGAAUAUUCACAAUGUGUUGAAUGUUUACUAUAUGGGGUAAUAUAGCUAUAGGUCUAGCUGUUUUCAAAGGUGAGCUUGUAAUGUGCAUUUGCCUACCACGGCUGUACACGAGUCCAAAUGGUCGCAAAUCAUGAUGAGACAAUUCCUCGAGUAGACAAAAAUACGACUGCAAGGCUUGGUGCCUGAUCAAAUUACAAUUAUAGGCUAGACUGCGGAUGUGUACAGAGCAUUACGAUGCCUGUUCUGAUCUACAUCUACACUGGUGUUUAGAAGUGCUGAUCGAACCGUAGAAAAGCUGCAGUCCCCUGACAGCUCUGGGCGCAGGAGCGCGCGUGGGUGUCCUCUAUAGGGGCGUGGUCGGUGUCCUGGAUCAGGACCAAGGCCAGCUCCAGCUGCGCGAGGCGAGAGGAGAAGACAGCGCAGCACCACCAAUAACGUUCUCCAAUAUGCUGAAUCAUCACCCCAAAGCGGUCUGGGACGCUGAAAAAUAUAUGCUGGGCCUAUUUCACAGGCUUAUGUUUUCAAUGAAGGCUAAACUUAUGUAUAGGUGUUAGGCUAGUAAGCGACAUGCACUGAUUUUAUUUGAGACGUGCGCAUGUGGGGUCAUGUAAAUUGGCCUUUGUGUCUCUGUGCCUCAUCCUGCCUGUACUCAGACACUGCGGUGGUUGGGCGUGAGGGGUGCAUGGCUCCAAGCUGCAAUACAGCAAUCUUGUUUAGACACCCUCACUCCGGACUCUUGGCCCACACUUCACAUGCACCGAUCCCAUGCUGCCUGAACUGUUGCAACCGCAGUGCAAAACUGCAAUUACAUUGUUUAGUGGGAUGGGAUAACCUGCACAUGUAACUAGUUUCACAAAACGAUAUACACAAUUGACUAGGAUGUGUUAAUUAGGCAAAUUCUGUGCCAUGUUGGCCUCAAUACCAGCAUAUAAGAGUGAAGUCGUGUUUUACUUCUAUCACUAUAUAUCAUCAUUAUCAUUAGGAUAUUAGUAGGCCUACUAUUGUUGUUAGUAUUCUUAUUUAUUGACCUCAUUAUUAUUUACAGUUUAUCCGUCCCCUAUAUAAGUCGUAGUUUGAUGUGCUUUCCGUGACCGUACGUCUAUACUGUCUUAUCUGUACAGCGCGGAUUACAUUUUUUUCAAGAAAAGAAUGAGUUGCCAAAAUACAAGGCAAGGAGCAGCAUGAGUGAAUUCGUGUUCCCCUGAGAAUAUCUCUUUUUGCAGGAGCUUGCAGGUUUCCCUGUCUCUACUGCCGCCCGUGCGUCAAAUGAUGCUGGAGCUCCAUCACUAUAAAAGCACCUGUCUCGGCCAGACAUGAAUUGCGUCUCUCUUUCUCUCUCCCACCGACACUCCACACACAAUCGCACAAAAGGACUUCGCAAGCAACAAAGGUAUAACUAGCAUUCCACUUCUCCAACUGCAAACAUGAGCUACUCCGGCGACGUCUACUCCAGCAGUUCCUAUCGGAAGAUCUUCGGGGAUGCGCCCCGGAACUCCGGCCGCAUGACCGUAGGCAGCAGCCCCUCUCGCCUGUCCAGCGGAUUCCGCUCCAGCAGCGCAAACCGCAACUAUGGCUCCCCAUCCAUGCUCACAUCCUCCGGCUACCGCAAGGUGGGCGCCGGGCGCAACUUCCACUCCUCCAUGUCCGACUCUAUGGACCUGAAUCAGUCCACGGCCGUCACCAACGAGAUGAAAAUCAUCCGCACCAACGAGAAGGAGCAGCUCCAGGGCCUGAACGACCGCUUCGUCUCCUUCAUCGAGAAGGUCCACAACCUGGAACAGCAGAACAAGGUGCUGGAAGCCGAGGUGACCAUGCUGCGCCAGCGCCACACUGAGCCCUCCCGACUGCACGACCUGUACGAGCAAGAGAUCCGCGAGCUGAGGGCGCGCGUCGAGGAACUGACGCACGAGAAGAGCCAGAUGCACCUGGACUGCGUGCAGAUGAACGAGACGCUGGACCGCGUUAAGCAGAAGCUGGACGAGGAGACGAGGCUCCGCGAGGAGGCGGAGGGCACCCUUAUAAGCUACCGCAAGGACGUGGAUGAUGCCACGAUGUCCCGGCUCGAGCUGGAGAAGAAAGUCGAGUCGCUGUUGGAUGAGAUCGCCUUCCUCAGGAAAGUGCACGAGGAGGAGCUGCAGGAGCUGCAGGCUUCCCUGCAAGCAACACAGGUGUCAGUGGAGAUGGAUAUGAGGGAGGGUAAACCCGACCUGGCCGUGGCCCUGAAGGACAUCCGUGCCCAGUACGAGGUCCUGUCAGCCAAGAACCAGAACCAGGCGGAGGAGUGGUACCGCUCCAAGUUUGCCAGUGUGAAUGAGGCGGCCGCCCGCAACCAGGAUCAAGUUAAGCAUAGCAGGGAGGAGCUAAAUGAGUACCGCAGGCAGGUGCAGGCCCGUACCCUGGAGAUCGAGGCCCUCAGGGGCCACAAUGAGGCCCUGGAGAGGCAGAUGGCUGAGAUGGAAGACCGCCACAGCAACGAGAUGGGAGAGAUGCAGGAGACCAUCCAGCAGCUUGAGUCUGCCCUCCGCAGCACCAAGGGUGAGAUGUCCCGUCAUUUGCGUGAGUACCAGGACCUGUUGAACGUCAAAAUGGCCCUGGACAUUGAGAUCGCUGCUUACAGGAAGCUGCUGGAAGGUGAAGAGUGCCGUCUGAGUACAGUGGGCGGAAAUAUCCUGCAGUCAGGCUAUUCUGGCUUCUCCUAUUCGUCCGGCCGCUCCUACGCCCUGGGUUCCUCUGCCCCCUACAGGAUGAGGGGAGCCAAGCCUGAGGAACCAGAGGAGGAGGAGGAUGAGGAAGAGAAGGAGGAAGAGGAAGAGGAGAAUGAGGAAGAAGGAGAGGAAGGAGAGGAGGGAGAUGAGAAUGCAGAGGAGAAUGGAAACGGUGAUGAGGAGGAAGAGGAGGAAGAGGAGGAGGAAGAUCAGAAGAAGACAGAUGAGAAGAAUGGCAAGGAUGAGAAGGAUGAGAAGAAGGGAGAGAAGGGAAGUGCUCCCAGCAAGAGCACCAAGAGCUAAACUGCUUGUGUCAUCGAUCAUCAAUGCCUUUCGCACUACUACAGUCCACUCAUUCACUCAUAUGGAUCUUAUCCCUUCCUCGUCACCUCAUCUCUGUUUCACAAGGACACACACACAAACACACAGACACACUUACCGUACCCACGCCAGAUGCCUCACACAAACAUACCUUCUCCUCUGUUUCUCUGGGUCUCAACAAUCAGCUGUGUGGUGGAAAACAGAAAGAUACAUCACAGAGAGGAACAUACUGUUGGUGUAUUACCCUGACAGAAGAUAAACCUGUAGCUAGAUUUCCUGAAUAGGGUGCUCGGGAUCCUAUGUCACAGUUUUACACCAUAGAUGAUGGUUAUCACAGAACAGAGAGCAGAGAGAAGGUGCUCAACAUUACGGUAGUAAGCCAGUCAGUCAGUCAGUCAGUAAGAGAAUGCCUUAAAGCAAGUAUGAUGUCAUAUUAAGAGGUCAGGAAUAAUAUUGCCCAGUAACGUCCUGUCUGUAUGUGCCAUUAAUGAUAUGAAAUGUGGUGAAGAGCCGUUGUAAUCUUGAAAGUAUUAAUAGGAUCCUUGUAGUAACACACAGACUACUAUAUGCACAGAGGUCUGGAGCAUAAAACUUGAUCAACUUUUACCAGUCCAACUUUUAAAGGUGCUUUUGAUUUCGUCAAAGAAAAGUUGCAAAUGUCUAGAGAAAUUCAUUGUAGAAAAUACUUUGUAAACCUUUUCAUGAAUGUUACUGUAUAAUAUUGGGGACACAGAAAUCCAGAUAAUUCCCGUAGGUGCAAUAAUGUAUUUUGAGCUGCAGACACAAACUGGCACACUGAAUGCUCCUCACUCCUCUUUUUUCAUUCACAUGUGAAAUAUAUAGAAUGUUCAGUCCAUUGACCCACUUUCUUUUCGCCAGAAAACUAAACAUUUCACCAUUCACCUUCCCCCCUCUCUCUGUCACUGCGACGGUCAGAGCUCUGCGAAAUGACAACAUCAUAACUUUUAUUUGGGAGGUUUCUAUUUUCAAAGGUAGGCGAUAAGUGCAUUGUGCAGUGAUUCUUCUGUUUUCAGAAGGGCACCUUUCAGGAAUGAAAAAUGUAGAGUUUUAAAAUGCUACUAUUUAUCACAUUAUACCCUUAUAUUUGAUGUAGAAAUACCCCCUCUUGAUUGAUUCAUUUGUCACUGAAUGGAUAUGCCCUGCCCUGCCCUACAAGUAAGAUAACUCACUCCAAACCUGAGGUAAAUGUCUUUCCUAGGCCCUUCCUUUCCCGCAGAGUCUUGUUUGUUUACUGGGGGAGUGUGUGUUGUUUGCAUCCCAAAUGGCACCCUAUUCCCUAUAUUGUGCACUACUUUUGAUCAUGGCCCAUACGGCGCUGGCCAAAAGUAAUGCAUUUACAUAGGGAAUAGGAUGCCAUUUGAGACACAGCCCGUGGGUCCUUUUAGCAGUGUGCUCUGUUCCAGACAGUGAAGAGGCCUGUGGCUGCUCUAACAGGACAGCAGGGGGUGACAGUGAGUGACAGACAGCCCUCCACUCUGACUGCAGGACCAGUUGGCAGCCGGUCAAGACGCCACUGGAGUCAUAAUUGGUCACAUGGUGCAGAGCCACAGAUAAGGGCUAUUAUCACAAUAUACCCCCUACCACCACCACCACUGCAGUCUGAGAUGGACAGCAACAGUAUGUAUACCCCAGGCAGACAUCCCAAGCUGCAGGAGAGGGACCAUAAUAGCAUAUUGUAAGUUAGCUCGGAUAUGACUAGUGCCAAGCUAUCCAUAUCAGGACUAUCUGUGGGUCAGGGUACAGUGACUGUGUGGGUUGAUAUGUAAGGCUUAAAGAAUAGGUGUAAAUGUUAAAGACAGAGACAUGUAUGGUGUACAGCGAUUAAAUGAAUAGUGUUGCAGGAAGUGUGUUCAGGGAAGGAAUAAUAAAUGGAAAAAUACAAAUGGAUGGAGAGCACAGGGAUUUUUUUGUAAGAAUUCGGCCAAAGUACUUUAGAAUCCUAUACAGCAGUAAAAUGACCUGUCCUCUCCAACAUUUUUUGUACACUUACCGUGGACAAAUGUAUAGCUUGACAGAAUGUUAUAUGUUCUUUUUUGAGACUGCCGCACACUGUGGAAGGCCUUCCUUAACUGUUCGAGAUUUCACUCUUUUUUUCCUUUCUUUGAGAAAUGAAUCAAUCGACAAGCAUUGACUGCAUGGCCUGAUUCUUGGAGCAUUAAAACUGGGCAUGGGAUAGAUUUCGCUUGUUGAGUGUAAAAAAAAAAAGAAAUUGCCUUAACCAUGAUCAAAACAAUAAAAAGAGUUUUCACUUGCAUUUCACAUGUUUCCGAGGUGGUUCAGGAGCGUUGAGCGUCCAUUCUGCCAUACUACUGUGACUGUAUGUGCUGCUAUCUCAUGCAGUGGUAUUCCUCCCAAAGCCAAAUAAAGCCAUUUAUUAACCAAACACUUACAA